GGAACUGAUUCUCCGGCGUCCUUUGUUCCUACACGGACUGUAUUCAGGAGGGACGCUACAUGGCCGCGGGGGAGCUUGUGUUUGUGUUUGGUAACGAAGAUGUCAGGGCUUUCAGCGACCGAGCGGGCUGGAUGUGUAAAGAUACUGAACUCAAUGACAAACGCGGAUGUAAUUUCUCUGAGUGACACGGUUACGAAUAAGUUAAUUGUCGUAGAAAAUAUUACAGAGGCUGUGGACGCGAUUCUGACUUUCAGUAAAAAUGCAGAAGAGUUUCUGAAGAGGAAAAAGGUUCAACGUGACCUUAUAUUUAAAUACCUGGCUAAAGAGGGGGUGGCGAUGCCUCCUAACAGCGAGAAACACCAGCUCAUAAAAAGGACAUUGGAACUUUGGUUACCUGGGAAGGUGUCAGCUGAUAAACAACUUAAAGAAGAGAACGGACCGACAGAGACGGCAUUAGAGUCUGCAGACAUGAAAUCUGAUGCAGGCUUUGAUCCUCAAGUCCUCGGCCAGCAGUUCUGCCAGUGGUUUUUCCACAUUUUAAACAGUCAGAACCCUUCACUGGGCCAACAGCCUGAGGACUGGGGACCACAGCACUUCUGGCCUGAUGUGAAGCUACGCCUACUCUCCAGAGCUGGCAGCGAACAGAUGGAUGAGUUUCUUGGUUCAGAACUGGUUAGUCUUCGCCUUUUAUCGUUGACUAGAGAGGAGCGCCUCCUGCUCAGCCCCAACCUGGAGCCCCAUGGUCUCAGGACCCUGUGUUCCCCCCAUGGCCUAGUGCUGGUGGCUGUUGCUGGGACCAUUCACAGAGAUUCAGCGUGUCUGGGAAUAUUUGAGCAAAUAUUUGGCCUUGUUCGUUCCCCGCUAGAGAAAAACACCUGGAAAAUAAAGUUUAUCAACUUGAAGAUCAGAGGACAGGAUGCUCUGGGUGGAACAGAGGUAGCAGCACCGGCCUUAACCUACAACUCGAGUGAAUUACAGCUUCUCUGCAGCUGAUGCGGAUUUUUUUUGUCUUCACUGGGCAUACUCACUUUACUGGACUUUUUCCUUUUGAUCCUGCCUUAAGCACAAUUCUUCUCUGAGCUUUCUCUGAGACUUUUGCUAAGUUGAAUGUGCAUCAGAGAUGUGAGCAUUUACAGGUACGGUAAUGUUACAUAUAAGCAUUAGUGCUCAGUUCAACAUUUGCUUUUGUUUGGCUGUUUACCAUUUUGUUGUUUUCAUUUUCCAGCCUGAACUGACCCACAAAAAUACAUUAACAAAGACAUUAUUUUUUGCGCACUGUUGUGACAAUGUAAACAUGGAGGCGGCUUGAGUCAGUGUUUACAGUUUCAUUUAUAUGUACAUGUGCAAUGAAAAGAAAUUCAUUUGUGGAUCAUAAUGAGAACCAGGAUGAGAAGAAAGAGCCAAACUUUUAUGGGUUUUUGUGAAGCUGCUAAUCCUGUGCUGAGAAGUGCUGGGAUCAUAACAUGAAUAUUUUUAUUUACUGUGCACAGUUACAGAAAAAUGAUCUGAUUUAGUCCACUUUUGUCACUAGUCCAAAUGUAACCUGAAUCAAGCGGCUACAUAGUGGAUGUAGAAUUAUAAACAGAACGUAAAACCCUUUAGUUUUUGUUAUGAGAGCAUUCAGCUUUAAAUAUACGGCGUCCCUGAACGCAAAGCAUGUUGUGCUUUGGUGACCUGUGCCUUAUACAACAAUACAAAGCAUAAUAAUGUUGUAAAUAUGUAACAUAUGAAGAUUCUAUUAUUAGAUGUGUACAUUUUUUGCUGUAAUGAUUUAAACAUAACUACUUGCAUACAGGGGACAUACUGUUUUUCAUAUGACAAUGCAAAGACAAUAAAUGUUUCAUAAUCUGA